AUGUGGCUUACAUGGCAGUUUAGAGCUUGGGUGAUUUUUGCAAAGUUGCUGAUGAAGGUAUUCAUGAAACAUGAUUACAACUCAUUUGGGGUUGGUGCCCACUUGUUUGCCUUUGGGUUCACAAAGGAGUCAGAGCUGGGAGCCGAGGUCGUUGGAACCUUUGUGCUUGUUUACAUCGUCUUCUCCGCUACCGAUUGGAAGAAAAGCCCAUGCGACUCACACAUCCCUAAGACUAUUGAAGCUGUUGCAGGAGUUGUUGCCUUUCUUCACGGUGCUGUCGGUAGCACUGCUAGAACUGACAUUGGUACAUUUACUGACUUUGAUGGAGCAAAUUGUCCGGCACAAGCUUCACGCGGGCAGGAUGAGUUGAUCGUUCCAAACAUGACUUUAGUCAUCGGUUUGGGCAAGCAUGAGGUGGUAUUGGCUGGGGCUUCAAGUCCUAAGAUGGAGGCGAUGGUGGCCAUGGUAGUGGACAGGCAUGGGACUGUGCACCCAAUAGCUGAUAUUCUUAGUAUCUUUAAUGAUCCGUUUGAUGUAAGCCGUAUCUUUAGCGUUUUAUCUAGGGAAGUGAUUUGUUUCAUCCAUCCCCUAGUCAGGAACACCGAUAGUCAAAAUGGGAAUGACAAAAAAAUAGAGAUGUCAAUUCAAUUUGAUCGAUUUUGGUGUGGGAAAAUAUAUGGUAUUGCUUCAUCGUUGAAUAGUUUGAUGGAGAUUAAGUGGAGAUCAUGGCGGUAG